GCAUAACCUUUUUUUUUUUUAAUCUAAUAACUAGAGACUUGGAGGAGAGACGAAAGGUUUUGUUUUCCUCUUCUUCCUCUGCCUUAGCGUCUCGUGGAGGCUGUACUGAGCACAUGCUGUUACAAAGAGGCUUUCUUUCUUGUUAGCUACGCACACUUCGAGUGACAAUGGCAGCGGCAUCAGUUUCAACUCGAUUCCUUGUUCUUCUCCAAGACUUUUCAGCAUUCAGGAAGAUAUCAUCAUGGCGUUCUGCUGCGACUAACUACCACCGUCAAUUACGUCUCUUAUGCCACGUUGCGAAAGGAGAUGGUUCUCUUACUCUUGCAAGCCUUGAACUAGGGAACAACAGCCCAAGGAGAUCGGGGAAGAGUAAGGCUACGAAGCUUGAAGGAAGCUUUGUUCCUGAAAUGAGUCAAGGUAAGGUAAGAGCAGCAACGAACUAUAAAGUCAAAGUAGUGAAGGAGAAGAAACCAGCUGAGAUAGUGUCUCCUUUGUUUUCCGCAAAGUCAUUCGAGGAGCUUGGCCUCCCUGAUUCAUUGCUAGACAGCUUGGAAAGAGAAGGCUUCUCUGUCCCAACAGAUGUCCAAUCCGCAGCUGUCCCUGCAAUAAUCAAAGGUCAUGAUGCAGUGAUUCAGUCUUACACAGGAUCCGGCAAAACCUUAGCGUACCUGCUUCCGAUACUAUCAGAGAUCGGUCCACUCUCAGGAAAAGCUAAGAGCAGCGAGAAGAGAGCUGAGAUUCAAGCGAUGAUCGUGGCUCCAUCUAGAGAACUCGGUAUGCAGAUAGUAAGAGAGGUGGAGAAGCUCCUCGGACCUGAUCACCGUAGAAUGGUUCAGCAGUUGGUAGGUGGUGCGAACCGUAUGAGGCAAGAGGAGGCGCUUAAGAAGAACAAACCUGCUAUCGUUGUUGGCACUCCCGGGAGAAUUGCGGAGAUAAGCAAAAGCGGGAGGUUGCACACUCACGGUUGUAGAUUCUUGGUGCUAGACGAAGUCGAUGAGCUUUUGUCUUUUAACUUCCGUGAAGAUAUCCAUCGGAUUAUUGAACAUGUAGGAAGGAGAGCUGGUGCUGGUCCGAAAGGAGAAGUUGAUGAACGUGCUAACCGCCAGACCAUUCUAGUCUCUGCAACUGUGCCCUUCUCGGUGAUUCGAGCAGCUAAGAGCUGGAGCCACGAGCCUGUUCUUGUCCAAGCCAACAAAAUCACUCCUCUUGACACCGUUCAACCAACCGCACCGGCUAUUAGCUUAACCCCCACAACUUCUGAGGCUAACGGCCAGAUUCAGACCACUAUCCAGAGCCUACCUCCAGCGCUUAAACACUUUUACUGCAUCUCAAAACAUCAACACAAAGUCGACGCCCUAAGGAGAUGCGUCCACGCCCUUGAUGCCCAGUCCGUUAUAGCUUUCAUGAACCACUCGAAACAGCUGAAAGACGUGGUCUACAAACUAGAAGCCCGUGGUAUGAGCUGCGCUGAGCUGCAUGGAGAUCUUGGGAAGCUAGGGAGAUCAACGGUUCUGAAGAAGUUCAAGAACGGGGAAGUUAGAGUACUUGUGACCAACGAGCUCUCGGCUAGGGGUCUUGACGUUGCGGAAUGUGAUCUAGUGGUGAAUCUUGAACUUCCGACGGACGCGGUGCACUACGCACAUAGAGCUGGGAGGACGGGGAGGCUGGGAAGGAAAGGGACUGUGGUUACAGUGUGUGAGGAAUCGCAAGUGUUUAUAGUGAAGAAGAUGGAGAAGCAGCUUGGUUUGCCUUUCGAGUAUUGUGAGUUUGUUGAUGGAGAGCUUGUUGUCACUGAGGAAGAUAAAGCUAUUAUAAGGUAAAAAAAGGAACCAAAGAAAUUUAAUUUUCUUUUGGUUUUCCUCUAGUUUUCAGAUAACUCUUAUAACCUAAUCAAAUUUUCAGAAUGUUGUGUUUUUAUAUAAUUUCAUCUUAUGUCAUAAACUGAUCUACAAUAACAUCUAAAACCAUUGCUAAA